UCUGAGAGGCUGCUGUAGUGUCUGUCUGGAGAAGAGGGCUACCACGCUAAGCAGGCGACUGACCGCAUUAAAUAUACAAAGAGACUGUUUUCUCUGCCCAGGAUUUGGAAUUUAUCUGUGAUAUAAAACACUACUAUCUGAUAAGUUUGAAUUAAGUUGACCAUUGUCCCUCUGACUCGCAUAUUGUCUCAGUGAACCUCUGCUACAGACCAACACGCCGCUGCCGUCUCCUGUUGUUGUGAGAGAAGAAAACAAGCUGUGUGCUCACUGACAGAGAUCAGUACACACAAGCUCCGAGAGAUAUCUAGUGGAAGCCUUUUCUUUGGGAUCUAUAGGCCUCUUUAAGAACCGACAGCUGUUUGUUUUAGGUAUUACACUUUAAAGGUUUUAUUUGAGCCCCUGUAAGGCACUUGCUCAAUAGAAACACUGUGCACAAUUUCAACAAGCUUGUCUGCAGCCCAUUCCAAACCCAGAGAGUGUUCUGCCCCAGUAUGAAUGAAGUCAGUGUUGUGAGAGAGGGAUGGCUUCAAAAGAGAGGUGAAUACAUUAAAACAUGGCGGCCUCGUUACUUCAUCUUAAAGAGUGAUGGCUCUUUCAUUGGCUACAAAGAAAAGCCUGAAGUGUCCAGUGACGUCAACCUCCCACCAUUAAACAACUUCUCAGUUGCUGAAUGCCAGCUGAUGAAGACAGAGCGACCCAGGCCCAACACAUUUGUCAUUCGUUGCCUGCAAUGGACUUCUGUUAUUGAGCGCACCUUCCACGUAGACAGUAAUGAGGAAAGGGAGGAAUGGAUGCGAUCGAUCCAGGCGGUGGCAAACGGCCUAAAGAGUCAGCAUCAGAACGAGGAGCCAAUGGAGAUUAAAUUUGGCUCACCAAGUGACAGCAGUGGGGCAGAGGAGAUGGAGAUUGCUGUGUCCAAAUCCCGCUCAAAAGUGACGAUGAGUGAUUUUGACUACCUGAAGCUGCUGGGCAAAGGGACAUUCGGUAAGGUGAUCUUAGUGAAGGAGAAGGCAACAGGGAUGUACUAUGCCAUGAAAAUCCUCCGCAAAGAAGUCAUCAUUGCCAAAGAUGAGGUGGCACACACGGUGACAGAAAGCAGAGUUCUCCAAAAUACGCGGCAUCCCUUUUUAACAACGCUUAAAUAUGCAUUUCAAACGCAUGAUCGACUAUGCUUUGUAAUGGAGUAUGCAAAUGGAGGAGAGCUCUUCUUUCACUUAUCAAGGGACAGAGUGUUCACAGAAGACAGAGCGAGAUUCUACGGUGCAGAAAUAGUGUCAGCACUGGAGUACCUACACUCACGCAAUGUGGUUUACAGGGAUUUAAAGCUGGAGAACCUUAUGUUAGACAAAGAUGGCCAUAUAAAGAUAACAGACUUUGGGCUGUGUAAAGAGGGCAUCACAGACGGUGCCACCAUGAAAACCUUUUGUGGGACCCCGGAGUACCUGGCACCAGAGGUGCUGGAGGACAACGACUACGGACGGGCGGUGGACUGGUGGGGACUGGGCGUGGUCAUGUAUGAGAUGAUGUGUGGUAGAUUGCCCUUCUACAAUCAAGACCACGAGCGUCUCUUUGAGCUAAUCCUCAUGGAGGAGAUUCGCUUCCCCAAGAACCUGGCUCCUGAAGCCAAGGCCCUACUAGCUGGUCUUCUCAAAAAGGAUCCAAAACAAAGGCUCGGUGGUGGACCGGAUGAUGCCAAAGAUGUGAUGAGUCACAAGUUCUUCACCGCCAUUAACUGGCAAGAUGUACUUGAAAAGAAGCUUAUUCCACCAUUCAAGCCCCAGGUAACAUCAGAGACAGACACGCGUUACUUUGAUGACGAGUUCACAGCACAAACCAUAACGAUAACUCCCCCUGACAAGUAUGACAGUUUAGAUGCAGAGGAUUCAGAUCCGCGCAAGCACUUCCCUCAGUUCUCCUACUCUGCAAGCAUCCGGGAGUGAUCAAUCAAACUAUUGAACAAGCAGGCAGGCUUACACACUAUCACAAUCCCACAUACACGAUUGCACUGCUGAGGAUUUUUGAACAACACCUACAGAAACUGGCACAAGACACAUUUUCAUUCAAUCUUUAACGCACAUAAACUCACAGAAACACACACACACACACACACACACAUUUACUGGCAAAUCAGACAGUACGGGGAUCAUUAAGUGUGAAAUAAACACACUGAGAAUGACUGACCUCAGCAGGUUUGUGUGGAUAGACUGGCAGCUUUGUCUGUGUACAUGCUCUCAGGGUUUGCUUUAGGCUUCCCUGCGGGACCUCUGCUGCACUACACUGGGUACCACAUCAAAGCCUUGACACUUUGAAAACCAGGUUAUGCCAGCAAAUACCAUCUCUCUACCAGCUUCACACACAAGUAGUCACCAGUUCAUGCAUAGACUGCAUAUACAAACACAAUGUACUUGAUAGAAUUUUACUAGUAUAAUCAAAAAUUAGGAAAAUGAAAACCUUUUGGGAAAAAUCUUUCAUCAGUUGUAAAAGUUUUAAAUGUAAAGCCAUAUUUCUGCAUUUUCAGAUUUUUCUUUUUCCCUUUAUUUUUUAACAAGUGCUCUUUCUGGAACUUGCUGUUACAAAUCAAGUGUGGGACCGUUCCUGAAGUUGAGGGGAAGAGGGGGGGAAAGGGAGGGGGUUGCCAUUUCUGUGUUUGCACUGCACGUUUGUAAGCAAAUGGGAGCGAUCGGAUGUGUGAAUGUAUGUGUGUGGGCAUAUGAUUUCAGGAGAAUGUAUGAACAACCAUUUUGAUUACCAACCAUCCAUUUAUCUGUUUUUUUUAUUUUUAUGCAUGUUUUUAAACUCUGAACAGUUGCUGGAAAAUCAAGAUGCGGACCCUACACGGCACAAUAAAUUGCCUUUUUUUUUUUUUUCAAAGGGAUCGAGCAUGUAAUUUAUGAUUACUAUUAAUAAUUACUGUGACCAGCUUGAUGCUAAAUUGACUCAGCCAGAAAUAGAAUCUUGGAUCUCAUGCAUGGCUAACUUUUGCUUUAAAAGCUUCAUAUUUGUUAGUCAUAGUGGCAGCAGUCAGUCAUGUUGUGUCCAGACAGACUCGCUGUUUGCAGGUUGGAGGUGUAUGAGUAGGUUUUCCGUAUUAAAGACAGUAAAAACAUUUAGGGUUGCUGGGGACAGUUUAGAGACUAGCGCUUGACCACAGCUGUUCCCAAACCGUCAAAUGAGACCAAUGUAGACGUACACCGCCAUUUUGCUGUCCUCCUUUCAGUAAUUCUUGCACCCUAGCUGAUGAAGUAGGCACCAAUCGUUGUUCAUUUCCUCUUUGUAAUAACAGUGUAAGUUUAAAAUAUAUUUUUUAAAGUGUUCCCAUAUUUAAAGAACGAGUUGAUUUUGUUGUGAAGUCUUUAUAAUGAGGCCAAAAAAAAUUUGACUGACUUGGUGGAAGGUUCAUGCUUAAAAUGAUUCCACAUUUUGGUUUUAGAACCUUUUGGUUUGUGUUUUUUGUUUUAUUUUAAUGUUCUGUCAAAGCACUUAAAUCAACAUUGUUCAGUAUGUUUGAGCAACUGUCUGCAGGUUUACAAUCCAACUUAACGCUGCAUUAGCUGGACAACCGACCUCAGACUUCCAGACUAACUUAUCAAAUAUCUGAUGUAUUGUUCGCUUCAGUUGGAAUUCUGCAUACUUUGAAUUAUGAUGGCACAUGACUAAAAGUCCAGGCAGCAUAUUUCAAAGUGCUCAUAUUGACGCAAUAAUUUUAUUUUCCAUAUUGCUGGAAGAGCUAUUGGUUACUCUUUGAGCCUCAUGAAAGGAACAUCAAGAUCUUUUUUUGUCAUUAGUUUGUUUUCCUUUAUUGUCCAUCUAUUUCUCAAAUUUUGGAAGACACAUUGUCUUGUUUAAGUAUACAUUAUAUAAAAUAUAUAUAUUAAACGUUUUUAAACUGUC